AUGGCUGGAAAGCUGCCCAUGCUCGCUGCCGCCGUCGGUGGAGCUCACGCCCUCGCCGUGCGACAGGCCGGCUGCUCGUUGACUUUGCACACCGAGGGUUCCGUAUCCUAUCCCGUAGGUCAGCACAGCAGCGGCCAGACUCGCGCCGGCAGCAGCUUGGCUCCGAGUGCCUUCACACUCAUCGAUUCAACCCUCACGGAUGCUCAAGGGCGUGGCUGUUGGUGGACCCCUCCGACUACUGUCUUACAGUGUGACGUCGGCCAGGUUCCGGAGACCGGUUUCCAGAUUGGUUGUGAUGGCAGUGUGUCGUUCAAUGGUCAGACCACGUUCUAUGAAUGCGCAACUGGGGAGGGCGAUAUUGUCAAUGUUUAUCUGCAACCAGAUCAGGGCGCCAACUGUGCAGAAAUCACGUUGACAGCCGAUGGCUGCUCUCCAUCCGACUGCUCUGGUGCCAGUUCUACGGGUGCUGCUUCCGCCACGGAAUCACUUCCUCCCCCCGGGUCUGCUACGGGGUCAUCGCAUGGUGUAGGCAGCACAGUCACAGGUUCUACCUCAUAUCCGAUCGGCUCUGCUACUAGGACGUAUCCUGGCUCUUCGGGUAUGGGUAUGCAGACCACUCCUGGUGCUGGCAACUCACCUAGCUAUCUUACUGGAACAGCUUCUGGUACAGCACCAUCAGAGUCGGAGACUGAGACAGCUCCCCCAGGAGGUUCUCACACGGAAUCCUCACCUGGAUACGCUACCGGGACUGCCACUGGCACGAAACCCAAUGAAUCAGAGACUGGUUCGUCAUCGGAACUUCCAGUUCAGACGCCCACAGCCACCCAGCCCCUCGAAAGUCAGAGCGGCUUGGUUUCAACUAUAUAUUCAACCACAUGGUUGACUGUUACUAGUUGUGACUUGAGCGUGGUGACUAGUUGCCCAGCUGAAUGCACUUCUGGUGCCGCUACUAUCCCAGGUUCAGUUCCUGCUUCCGGGACCGCAACCCCGGGCACGUCGUUACCUGACGGGUCGGCAUUAAAUUCCGCAUCCUUGAGCGUACCUGGCCGACCCACUGGCGACACCACUAACCCAGGUUACCCGUCAAGCUCUCCAGUGGGUGGUGGUGGAACACCUGAAAACCCAACCUCUGGCCAUCCUACCGGCACCACAACCAUUCCCAGCUAUCCCUCAACUUCGCCUGGAGAGGGUGGUGGCACACCCGGAUAUCCUACUGCUGGCGAGUCCUCUGGUACCGCUAAUGCCCCAGUUUAUCCAACGGGUUCUCUAGGAGGUAGCUCUGGACCCAUCUCGCCCAGCCAAUCCAAUCAUUCGAAAACUUACAGUCCCAUCACCCUUUCUCCCAUUACUACCCAGCCUGCAACUGGGACUUCGGGUGCGCCUACGACAGCUACUCAGCCGACUGUAUCUGUACCAUCCCCCAGUUCAGUUAAUAUCCCGGAAUCGUGCCCUGGCGACGUGGUGAAUGCUGGAGAAUUUAAUCUACCUGCUCUUAUUAUCCCAAUUGACAGCACGAGUCCCAAUGUUGCCAAUGGGACCUCAUUCUACGGCGAUGUCAGCUCUACUCGCUCCACUAUUUUCAAUUUCAACAUUCCAUCCACAGAUGAGGGAAAGACUUGCAAUCUAAUCUUCCUGUUUCCCGAGCAGAGCACGCUCGAGACAUCAUCCUACACCUUCUCGGGCUCUGGUGUUCUCGACUUUUCCAAGCUUAGCUCUACAGCUGACAAAGGCACCACUGAUGCUAACGCCCCGUCCGUGGCUUCUUAUAUCGGUCAAUUCACUGUGUCACCUGGCAAUGCGUACGAUAUCUCAUCUUUCGCCUGCCCUGCUGGUGGCGCUCUGAGCGUCAAGAUCGCCGAUGGCUCUAGCGGCGACACGAGUCUGCGAUUUUUCCAGGACUACAACCCCUGCCCUAUUGGUCUUUUUAUCACAACCUCCUAA